AUGGGACUAAAAGCCCGCUGCCAAUGCGCCAAGGUCCAAUUCACAACCCCAACAGACAAACCUCUUAAACUAUGGAUCUGUCACUGCACAGAAUGCCAACACCAAAGCUCCUCAGCCUUCGGCAUUACAGCAACAUUCCCCUACUUUGAUCUCCCAGCAUCCAUGUCAGGGCUAGUGAGCAGCUACACCCGAGUCACGUCGAAAGGCCGUGACAUGGAGUGUGUUUUCUGCAAGGGUUGCGGUUCGCGGCUUUUCCAUCGGUUCCGGGAUUUUGUGCCUGCGCCGGGUGAACAGCCGCAUGUCUCUGCUAUUACUAGUGUCAAGGGUGGUUGUUUAGAAGACCUUGAUCGGGAGAUGAUGAAAAAUGCUAUUCAUAUUUGA